AUGCGAAAAGUGGAACGGCCAACGGCCAAUGGUGGAGGGCGCCACGAAACAACGAGAAAUCAUUCGAAAACACCAAGUUUGAAUGGAAAUAAUGAUAUCAGGUGAGAAAAAUUCGGAUUCUUUAUUGUUUUUAAUAUUAAUUAAAUUUUUUAUUCUACAUUUCUAAUUUUACAGAUCGGGCGCAUCAAGUCCAAUGUUUGGAACCGAACCUCUACCAGAAGAUGACAGCUCACAUUGUCCAUAUUGUCACAAAGAUUUCAGAAAGGUUGGUGUAUUCAAAAAAAAUUCUUGGAAAUAAAUCAAUAUAUUUUUAGCCAAGAGUUCUUGAUUGUCUGCAUUCUAUAUGCGAAGAUUGUAUAAUCGCACAACUCGAUGGACGUCUCCAACAAAAGUCAGCUAUUAGCGAAGACAAUUCGCGUAAAAAUGGAUCAGCUUCUAAUUCACUUGAUUGCGAAUUAGAAUCUUCGAAAUUGACUGAAAGACCGACACCUCCAGGAGUUAUUCGGUGUCCAAUCUGCGCACAAGAAUCACACGUAGGAAAUGAUGUUAGAUAUGUUCAUGCGAUGCUAUUAGAUUAUGUAAGUUGCGAUAAAAAAUCUGAAAUUGUUAAAUGAUUUAUUUUUUACAGGUUCGAGUUGCUGAAUUAGAUAGUUGUCCGGCAUCGAAACAAGAUCGUCGUUGUAAAGCCUGCAAAAGUGAACAACAAUCAGUGGCUGUUUGUAAACAAUGUAAUUCGGAUUUAUGCUCGAAUUGUUUGACAGCUCAUGGAGUUAUGAGAAUGUUUGAUGGACAUUAUGUAACAACAUAUGAAGAACUUGCAUUACGUGGAAGUCAACCUGAAAAUCGGCCAGUUUUAUGUGCAACUCAUGGACUUCAAACUAGAUAUCUUUGUGCAACUUGUGAAGGAAUGGCUUGUAAACAAUGUUUGGAAUUGGAACAUGUUACACAUAGAGUUAUUGAAGUGACCGAUUUGGUAAUCAAAGCGAUUUAUGAUGAUAUUGGAAGCAAUGUUGAAAGUCUUGAACAAAAAUUCCAAGCAUCAAUGGAAGAAUUUAGUAGUUUACCAGAAAAGACAAAUAAUUUGAUGCAACAAUACGAAUCAAUGAAAUAUCGAGUUGAAUCAUAUUUUGAGGAAAUAUCGAAAACUCUUGAAGAAUUGAAAAUGAAAAAGUUGGUUGAACUCGAAGAAGCUCGACAAAAACAAGAACAAGCAAUUGAUGAUUUGGCAAGAAAAAUGACAAUAAAUGAGUCGAGAAUUCACGAUGCUAUCGGAUUCACAAGACGUCUUUUGACCAAAUCAAAUGGAUUGGAAAUGGUUGCAUCGAGAAAAAAAGUGAUUCAACAACUUGGAAAUUUGUCACACGCGAUUCCGAGCAAUGGACAUCAAGUUGAGCUAGAAUAUCAUCCAUUGGGAAAGAAACAAAUGGAAAAUUGUUUGAGUAUGUUAGGAGGUUAUGUUGUUGGAAGAGUUAUUCAGCCAACAACAAAAGAUGUUUCACCGAUUGGAAGUGAGAUUUCGAAUAAUCGAAUUAUUCAACAACAACCGCCAAGUCAAACUCCACCACAACAACAGCAACCUCAAGCUCAAGACAGUGAGUUUUUCUUUUAAAAAAAUAAUUAACCACAAUUCAACGUCAAUAGUUCUUCCUAAAACAAAAAUGUUUCUUACAAACAAAUUUUCUGUUAUUGAAUUUUUUGAAAUUUGGCCGCAAUCUGAAUUUUGAUACGCAUAGAAUCAAUUGAAAUGUGUCUUGGCAGUUUGAGCCAACCUGACUGUAAAUAAAUCACAAAUAAUUGAAUAUUUUGCAGAUUGGGGAAGUGCUGUAUUCCAAACUGCUGUUGCACCAGUUGCUCCACCACUUGCUCUUGGUGCAAUCGGUGGGGAACGAAAAAAGAAUCAAGGUCUGAUAACCAAUGGAAAUAAUAUGAUUCCUGCAUCUGGUGAAAUGUUUGGAUGGCCAAGUGCAACUGAAUCUCCGCCUCCACCAAUUCAGCCACCACAACAACAACAACAACAAACACAACCAACCAAUGGAAUAUUGACAACAAAUGGAAAUGGAAAUGGAAAUACAGUUGCACAACAAAUCAAUUCGCUUCCAAAUGUUAAUACAAAUGCGCUGCGUCCGGAUAUUUUGGCAAUGGCAGCUGUUGCAAGACAAAAUGUGGAUGCAUUAAAUAUGACAAAUCUAACAAAUGCUUUGACAGCUUCUGGAAUCGGACAACAACCGACACCUAAUCAAUUAUUAAUGUGGCCACAAUUAAAUGAAACGGUUGCUAAUCAAAAUGCUGCAGCUAUUUUGCAAAAUCAAUUGAUGACAGCUGCUUUAUUGAGUCAAAAUAGAAGUCUUAUUAAUCCAGCAACAAUGUUGGCAUUGGUUAGUUUUUGAAUUAUUUUCAAAAAUUAAAAAAAAUCCCCAUCUGAACUGAUUAUCUUUACAGCAACAACAGCAGCAACAACAACAAGUAAAAAGACCAAUUCAAACUCCAACCAUGGAACACUUGAUUUCAUUAAACAUGGGAACAUUGCCACGAAAUGGAACUCCCCAUCAAAAUUCUUCAUCACUUGUCGAUAUCACAAAUCAAUCUGUCCAACAAGUUGUUUCGUCCGGAAGUCAACGUGUCAGCGAAUUGAAAGUUCACAGUGUUUUUGGAACAAGUCAACAAGGCAGCUCGAUUCGCGAAUUGCAUUGUCCUUCUGGUUUUUGUUUGUCGGAUAAUGAUGAUAUUCUUAUCGCUGAUACAAAUAAUCAUCGAGUUGUUGUUUGUGGACCACCGCAUCCUUGGAAAAUUGGACGACCUGGAACUGUAAGAUUUUCUUUUUUUUUUUAAAUUCAAUUCUUAUUUUCAUUACAGGAUGAUGGUCAAUUAUGUUUCCCACGCAAAGUGAUUGCUCUCAAAGGUGAUGCAGCUCGAUAUGUUGUUUUAGAUAAAGGUGGAGAUGGAAAAACAAGAGCACAAAUAUUCGAAGGAAGAGGAGAAUUUGUGAAAAGAAUUAAUAUGCGUAAGUUCAGAUUUUGAAAAUUAGGAAGUCAUGUUUAAAUUUUUCCAGAUAUUAUUGCUCCACGUGGUGGAAUUGAAGUAUCUGCUGCCACCGCUACACCAAAUGGUCAAUUAUUACUUGUAGAUUCAGCUGGUUUGGUCUACUUGAUUGGUAUGUUUUGAGUGUUAUAAGAAAAACUUAUAUUAAGAGGUUUUAGAUGUUGACGCUCAAAGAGUCUCGUUUUAUUUCGAUGCAUCGGCACAACUUGGCGAAGCUAGUGAUGUUGCAAUGUUUGAAUCCAAUAUUUACAUCACCGAUUUUAAACAUCAUUGCGUUCAGGUGUUCAGUAUUGAUGGUUAGUUUGGAAUUGGCGGAAAGCGAUUGGGAAUUUAGAAAUAAAAAUCUUUAAAAAUUAAUUGAAUUUAAAUUUUAAAAAUCUCGUUCUCCAAAAACUUAUGGCGAAAUUAGUCCAAAUGCAUAUAGGAAAUCAAACAAUAGGAAAUCCAAAAACCUCUCCCUCCUUUCAAUCUCAUUUUUCUCCAGGAAAAUUCAUGCGAAAAAUGGGUGAACCGUCACAAACUCCAUACCCGAUUGGAAUCGAUGUCUCGAAAUCGGGCGAGGUUCUUGUUGCUGAUACACACGGAAAUCAUUUGCACGUUGUUGUCUUCGGUGCCGACGGACAUCAUCAACAUUCAUUCACGCAUAACGAGUUUAGAGUGAGUUUGGCGAAUAUUUUCCUUCACCUUUGAAGUUGUCAAAGGAUUUUUAUGAAUUUCUAAAAGAAAAAAAAACGUGAAAUUAGUCCUGAUUGGUUUUUUCCCAGAAUUUUAAAAGAUUAUAAAAAUUGUAUUCUUUCUUUAAAUUUCUUAUUAGAGCGCGUUUCAACUUUUUUCGAAAUUAAAUAUAACCCACCUACUCUACCCCCCCCCUUCCUUAAAUCAUUCAAAAUUAAUAAAUCCAUAUUAUUUUCAGUUAUCACGUUGUGUUGGUCUUCGAAUUGCUCGAAGUGGACAUAUUGUCACAUUGUGUAAACACAAUCACACAUUAUUUGUCUUCAAACCACUUGUUUUACCAAAUGGAAAUCCAGUUCCAACUCCAGUUUCUUCAACACAACAAACAACCUCACAAAUUAAUCCAGCAAUUCUUUCAAAAUUCCCCUAA